AUGGCCGAGAUACGCGCCGACGUUCUCACAAAAGUCUCAGCAGAAGUCGCCGAAACCUUCGUGGACGCCUACUACACCGCGCUCCAAGGCUCCCGAAAUACCAUAUCCAGCUACUAUACGCCCCGCAAGACCCUCUCCGACGGCAGAAUCGUCCCCGUCAUUGUCUGGAACGGCAAUCACAUCCCCGAUGCCGCCGCCAUGCAAAAGAUGUUCGAAGAAACCAUGCCAUACACCUACUACGACGUCCAAUCACUCGACUGCGACUUUGUCAACACUGGACUGGCUAAAGAGGCGGCCACGGCGGCUAAUGCGGACGUUGUCUCAAAGAAGGAGCUGGAGCAGCACUCGCCGGUGGUGGUUAUUGUGGGCGGGUAUGUAAGGCUGGAGGAGGCGAGGGAGGGCCCGAUGAGGGGGUUUAGUGAGACGUUUGUGCUGGUGCCGAAUGAGGAGAAGGUCGCGGGGAAGGGGAAGGGGAAGGAGGGGAGGGCGUGGUUGAUUCAGAACCAGAAUUUUAGAUACGUGGUUUGA